AUGAGGUUGUUGAUUCCCGAGGUUCCUUUCAGGUUCCUGACAGCUGGUCGGAUCAAGCGGGGUACGAAUGGAUCUACAUGUAAUGUUAUGCUGUCGGAGGUCGCUCUCCCAAACUAUGGAGCUUUCGAUCCGCCCACAUUGAUCGACUGGUUCCCGAUGGGUUCGCUCGCUAGCUUCCUCUUCGUUUACGCCCUUGGUGGAAUCACUUUCAUUCCGCUAGUCUUGUCCUUAAUCCUCCUCCAUGCCUAUCUGACCCUUCCAUCUGCGCCGCAACCGUCACAAUCAUGCGAUAAAGCGUUCGACCCCGUCCGCCAACCUACCGAUCACGACUUUAGUCUGAAGUCUGGCACCGACCAACUGGCAGAGAAAUUUCAUCGCACUCACGAGUCUGAUGUUGCUGCUGGAUACUUUGCUGUCUGUCGUGAAUAUGUUCCCGGUGGUGUGAAUGGGAAACCCCCGGAGAGAACGACCCCCGCGGGGGAAGUUGUUGCGGCCGAAAGUCCUAGUGUGUACCAGACUAUGUACCGGAGUCUAUUUGAUCGAAAGCAGACACCCAGCAUCGAUCCGGCGAAGGCGAAUGGAAAGACCACUAGACGGGGGCGGAACGUCUUUUACAUUGUUCUCCGACAUGGUCAUUUGAUGCUUUAUGAUGAUGUAAAUCAGGUGGAGGUGCGGUACGUCAUUUCGCUUGCUCACCACGAUGUGACCAUAUACGGCGGAGAAGAAGGUGAUAUCCCAGAAGGGGAGCUGUGGCUCAAAAGAAAUGCCAUCUGCCUCUCACGGCGACUGGCUUCGCUUGGUGACCUAGGAGGACCGACUCCGCCAUUCUACCUCUUUUCUGAAAACUUGUCUGAGAAAGAGGAUUUCUAUAUCGCCAUGCUGCAGAAUCAAAAUCGGCUGUGGGACUCGUCUGACCGGCCGCCCAAGCACCAGGAGUUCGAUACUAAGCAUAUUGUCACAUUGGUUCAGCGCCUGCAUUCCUCUGAAGAGCAAUUGCAGACACGUUGGAUCAAUGCUUUCCUUGGAAGGUGGUUCCUAGCGAUGUACCGGACACCCGAGUUGGAAGAAUCCGUGCGGAGCAAGAUCGUCAAGAAGAUCUCUCGCGUCAACAAACCCAAUUUCAUUAGCAAGAUCGGCUUACAGAGAAUUGAUAUGGGCGAGGGGGCUCCGUUUAUCACCAACCCAAGAUUGAAGGACUUGACGGUGGACGGCAAUUGCUGCGUGGAGGCCGAUCUGCAAUACACUGGAAACUUCCGGCUUGAGAUCUCAGCGACUGUGCGCAUUGACUUGGGCCCUCGCUUUAAGGCUAGGGAGGUCGACAUUGUCCUUGCCGUUGUGUUGAAGAAACUCGAAGGCCAUUUGUUGGUACGCUUCAAACCCCCACCCAGCAAUCGCAUCUGGAUGUCUUUCGAAACCACACCGAAGAUGGAAAUGGACAUCGAACCCAUUGUCAGCUCCAAACAAAUUACAUACGGCCUCAUCCUGCGCACCAUCGAGAGUAAGAUCCGCGAAGUAGUGGCAGAGAGCAUUGUUCUGCCUUUCUGGGACGAUAUUCCAUUCCAUAAUACCUCCGGGCAGGCUUUCCGCGGUGGCAUAUGGCAGCAAGACAUCCCAGAAUCGAGUGCCCAGGUAGAGAUACCAGAGAUACCCGAUGAAUCCAGCGAAGCUCCCCCGACACCGAAGAGCGUCGUUAGUGAUCCACUUGAAGUCCUCAGGUCCAAGGACGAUCGCACGAUGAGCAUGCCUAUCCUUUCUGAGUCCGGAACUGGAACGGCUAAGAAAAAGCCACGCAAAGAUCUGAAAUCUUCCCACUCGGAUCUGCAAUCGAACAGUUCCACUGCAAAUUCCACUAGUGUUGAGAGAUCGGACAGCACACAGCUGCCUCGAGCUAUUCGGUCACAGACUUUCUCUCACGCCGCAGACCCUAUAGUCACAGCAGACAAUGCAAAGGUUGACAAGGUUGCUUCAGAGAACAAAGGCGAAGAAAGGAGUCAUGCAACAAGCGCCAUGAUAGAGAUAUCAAACCGAUCCCCACCUACAUCCCCGCAACGAACUCCAGGCACCUCGCCACCUACAGGUGGCCUUAUGAUGCCAGAAAAUGCGGUCCAUAGCCGCGAGUCAUCGAUUCCAGAUUCUAUCGACAGCGCUAGCUUUACCCAUGAAAGUCUUAUUCAAAGACCUUCGUCUACUCGCACGGAGAGCGGGUCCUUUUCUAGCCUGAGAAACUCCCGCGGUAGUUCCACCACGUCCGUUGCCAGCGACACGGCUCGACGACGCAGCACGAUUGAAACCAUCACCAAAACCUUUGCUCCUUCCGACGACAGAACUCCAGGUCCAAUGACUCUAGGACAAGCCACUGCAGCUGCCAAGAAAUGGGGCUGGAGCGUGUUCGGCAAAGGUGAUCCAAAUAACAACCAAGAAGCGUCGCGGGCUCCUCCAGCCACAGCGCUUAACCAACCAAUUGGGCGUGGUCAUCCUCAUCCACCACUUGGAACACCCUUGCCACGCCCAGAUAAAUAUGCCUUGAAGAGAAACGCAGGAACGUUACCCAAGCGUAAACCUGUGGCAGCUCACACAGUGCCUGAACGCCCCAAGACGGGAGACCAACAGUCCCCACCGUCACCUUUACCUCGCAGGAAACAAAUGGCCCCUGAAGUGCGUGUUGACCAAGGCACUGACGAACUGCUCGUGGUGGAGGCACCUCAAGAAUCUGAGCCAAAUAGCCCGGCCCCUGGUGACCCGGAAUCAGACUCUAGUCUGAUAGCCCCGACUCCUAUCGAAAGCGAGACAUCAUUAAAGGCCGAACAGCCUGAGGCUGAUUCUGAAAAACAAGAGGAGUUGCCUGUUGUUGAAACCCCGCGCUCUGUUGAACAGGCGCCCUCUUCAACCCCAGGCAGCCAUGAGGCCUUGUCAUCUACUGGAAGGGAAGCCUUUGAAGUCCAAACCCGCAUCGGCUUAGGCGUCGCCAAGACUCUCGGACAGGCGCCAGCUUUCCCGUUCCCCAUCAACGUCAUUGCUCGAACUCCCACCGUCUGUGCGCUGUCCGGGUUCGAGACCGUCAACGCGACAAACCUUCCGACAUUCUUCCACUUCCCCCUGAGCACAUACCCCAACGGCCACAAUGAGACCGAGGCCGAUCUGGCCAUCAAUAUCCGCAAGGCCACCAGUAUCGAGGAAACCGCUCCUAAACGAAAACAUGUGCGGAGCUGCAUCGUCUAUACAUGGGACCACAAGUCAUCGGCGGCCUUCUGGGCUGGCAUGAAAGUGCAGCCCGUCCUCGCUGACGAGGUCCAGACGUUCAAGGCCCUGAUCACGAUACACAAGGUUCUUCAGGAGGGCCACCCCAUGGUUGUCCGCGAAGCGCAGCAGCAUUCCAACUGGAUUGAUAGCUUGAUGCGAGGAGUCGGAGGUGACGGCGUUCGAGGAUAUGCGCCGCUCAUUCGCGAGUACGUCUUCUUCCUCGAGGCGAAGCUGAAUUUCCACCGCAACCACCCCGAAUUUAACGGCUUGUUCGAGUAUGAGGAGUACAUUAGUUUGAAGUCGAUCAACGAUCCGAACGAAGGUUACGAGACCAUCACCGAUUUGAUGGCUUUGCAAGAUCAAAUCGAUUCCUUCCAAAAGCUCAUCUUCUCGAACUUCCAGUCCGGCACAAACAAUGAAUGUCGGAUCUCGGCAUUGGUGCCACUUGUGCAGGAGAGUUACGGCAUUUACAAGUUCAUCACCAGCAUGCUGCGAGCCAUGCACACAACGACCGGAGAGGACGAAGCUCUGGAGCCACUCCGAGGCCGAUAUGAUGCCCAACACCACCGUCUUGUUCGAUUCUACUACGAGUGCUCCAACCUGCGUUACCUGACAGGUCUCAUCACCAUCCCGAAGUUGCCACAGGAUCCUCCAAGUUUGCUUGCCGAAGAUGACGAUCGCCCAGCUCUUCCCAGACGUCCGGCGAGAGAAGUGGAACACCAACCCUCGCCACCACCGAAGGUCGCAGCUGAACCAGAGCCGAUCAACGAUUUCUGGACAAACGAAGCUAAACGCCAGCAAGAAGAGUACGAGGCGGAGCAACAACGCUUGCAGCAGCAGUGGGAGGAGCAGCAACGCCAGCAAGUCCUCGCCCAACAACAAGCCCAGAAUGACUUCGAGGAGCAGCAGCGUCUGCAGGCGGAACAGCAGCGAUUGGCACAGGAGCAGCUUCUUCGCGACCAGUACCAGACACACACUCAAGGUCGGCUCGCAGAGCUAGAGCAGGAGAACCUUAAUGCCCGUGCACAGUAUGAGCGUGACCAGUUGAUGCUGCAGCAAUAUGACCGCCGGGUCAAAGAGGUUGAGGAGCAGAUGAACCACCUGACCUCGAACCUGAACUUGCAGAAUGCCUCGAAGGACGAUCAGAUACGAUCACUGCAGGAGCAGGUGAACACCUGGCGAUCCAAGUACGAAGCGUUGGCCAAGCUGUACUCACAGCUUCGACAAGAGCAUCUCGAUCUUCUGCAGACCACAAAGAGCCUCAAGCUCAAGGCGGCUUCCGCACAAGAGGCAAUUGACCGACGAGAGAAGCUGGAGCGCGAGUUGAAGACCAAGAACUUGGAGCUGGCUGACAUGAUUCGGGAACGUGACCGUGCUCUGCAUGACCGGGACCGUCUAACGGGAACGAAUAAAGAUGACCUGGAGAAGGUCAAGCGCGAGCUUCGCAUGGCCCUUGAGCGUGCUGAGAACGCAGAACGCUCAAAGGGCACUGAGAUCUCGUCCUUGCUGUCCAAGUAUAACCGCGAGAUGGCUGAUCUGGAAGAGUCUCUUCGAAUUAAAACACGCGCAUUGGACGAACAUUCCAGUCGCAACAAUGACCGCCAGGAAGACCUCGACCUGUCUCUUCGCGAGAAGGACGAGGAAAUUGAGGUGUACAAGUCUGGCAUGGAACAGGCUCUUAUGGAACUGGAGGAGCUGAGACUGAGCCAAGGCGAUGUUGACCAUGCGCUGGACAGCCAGAUUGACACUGUGCUCCACGGCGCAGUCGCGAAGAUUAACGACAUUAUCGACUCCGUGCUGCAGACUGGUGUGCAGCGUGUCGACGAUGCUCUGUAUGAACUGGACUCGUCCAUGCAGGCUGGUAACCAAAAUGCCUCUCCACCAUAUGUGCUUUCGCAGAUUGAAAAGGCGUCGGCUUCUGCCACCGAGUUCUCAACAGCUUUCAACAACUUUAUCGCCGAUGGCCCUAACAGUCCCCAUGCUGAGAUUAUCCGCACAGUGUCUGUCUUCUCUGGAUCUGUUUCCGAUGUGUUAAGCAACACCAAGGGUCUCAUCCGCUUCGCCACCGACGACAAGAGCUCCGAUCAUCUGGUCAACGCUGCUCGAAAGUCUGCUCAGGCGACCGUGCGGUUCUUCCGUGGCUUGCAGUCAUUCCGUCUCGAAGGUCUGGAACCACUGCAGAAGACUGAUGUGGUUAUCAACAACAACCUCGAAGUCCAGCGUGAUCUGCAGGCGCUGUCGAAGUUGGUUGACUCGUUCGCCCCCAAGCAUACCAAGAUCAGCACCAAUGGUGAUCUGGGUGACCUUGUCGACCAGGAGCUGCUCAAGGCUGCCGAUGCCAUUGACGCAGCUGCCCAGCGUUUGGCCAAGCUCAAGAACAAGCCCCGUGACGGGUACUCGACUUACGAGCUGCGCAUCAACGAUGUCAUCCUUGCUGCAGCCAUUGCUGUCACCAACGCAAUUUCGGAGCUGAUCAAGGCUGCCACAGAGACUCAGCAGGAGAUUGUUCGCGAAGGCCGUGGUAGCUCGUCUCGAACUGCCUUCUACAAAAAGAACAACCGCUGGACAGAGGGAUUGAUCUCUGCUGCCAAAGCAGUUGCCUCUUCGACUAACACAUUGAUCGAGACUGCCGACGGUGUAAUCUCGGGUCGUAACUCGCCAGAGCAGCUCAUCGUCGCCUCUAACGAUGUUGCAGCCAGCACUGCCCAGCUUGUCGCAGCCAGUCGUGUCAAGGCAACAUUCAUGAGCAAGACCCAGGACCGCCUGGAAACCGCUAGCAAGGCUGUUGGUGCCGCUUGCCGUGCACUUGUGAGACAGGUGCAGGACAUCAUCAAGGAGAAGAACCGCGACGGUGACGAAGGGGAGGAUUAUGGAAAGUUGAGCUCGCAUGAGUUCAAGGUCCGCGAGAUGGAGCAGCAGGUCGAAAUCCUCCAACUCGAGAACGGUCUCGCUCGCGCACGCCAGCGUCUGGGCGAAAUGCGCAAGAUCUCCUACCAGGAGGAUUAG